ACCCACAACUUCUCUUCUUCUUUCCCUUCCUCCUUUUCUCUGCACUCGAUCUGCUUCUCCUCCUUCUCCUUCUUGUUGUUGUUGUUUCUUUUUUUUUUUUUUUUUUUUUUUUUUUUUUGUUUUCAUAAAACACUUUUCCAAUUCUUUAAACACUUCGAGUUCCAAAACCUCUACCUCUCUCUCUCUCUCUCUCUCUCUCUCACACACACACAGAGCAAACACACACUUCUUUUUUAUUUUUAAUUUCCUCUUUUUAAAUAUAAUAUAUAUAGUUUUCCACUUCCAUUAAAUAAACAAAAGCAGAAAACAAAAACAGUUUUAAAUUUGCAUAGUGUUUUUUUUUUUUUUAAUAAUAAUAUUUUCUUCUUCCUUGUUUUCUGUUUUUUUAUUUUUUAUUUUCUCUUUUUAUUUUUAUUUUUUAUGUAUCAAUGGCUGGUUUGGAUUUAGGUACAGCUUCUCGCUACGUUCAUCAUCAUCCUCAGCUUCACAUAAGCGACUUGCACCUUCAAAGACCAAUCCAAAACGAUUCCGAAGAAGAUCCAAACCAUGACGGCCAAUACUCCGGUGGCGGCGAUGAUUCACACCAAGGUGGUGGUGGUGGACUUGAGCUGGUUACCGGAAAUCCAGGUGAUCUAGUAGGUCGACGACCCAGAGGCCGACCUCCAGGUUCCAAAAACAAACCGAAACCUCCGGUUAUCAUAACAAGAGAGAGUGCAAACACUCUACGAGCUCACAUCCUCGAAAUCGGAAACGGCUGCGAUGUCUUCGACUGCGUCGCCACCUACGCACGCCGCCGGCAACGGGGGAUCUGCAUCUUGAGCGGCAGCGGAACGGUUACCAAUGUCACCUUGCGGCAGCCGGCCGCGGCCGGAGCCAUAGUUACUCUCCAUGGGAGGUUUGAGAUACUAUCGCUUUCGGGAUCGUUUCUUCCACCGCCGGCUCCGCCGGGAGCGACGAGUUUGACUAUAUUCUUAGCAGGCGGCCAAGGCCAAGUCGUCGGGGGAAGUGUGGUCGGGGAGUUGACUGCGGCGGGGCCUGUUAUAGUGAUUGCUGCAUCUUUCACGAACGUUGCUUAUGAAAGAUUGCCUUUGGAAGACGAUGAUCAGCAACAGCUUCAGACGGCGGCAUCGCAGGGUGGUUCCGGUGGCGCCGGAGGUGGUGGUGUUAAUCCUUUUCCCGACCCGUCUUCUGGGCUUCCUUUCUUUAAUUUGCCGUUGAAUAUGCAAAAUGUUCAGCUACCGGUUGAUGGUAAUUGGGCAGGUGGAAAUAGCUCAUCAGCUGCUGCUGCUGGUCGCCAACCGUUCUGAAAAGAAAAAAAUAAAAAAAAGAGAAUUUCUUCGAUGUUGAAUUUUUUUUUUCCUUUCUUUUUUUUUUUUUUUUUUUGGUUGUGUUUUUGGGCUGCUUAAUGUGAUCUAUUUUGUAGAUUUGGGGUUUUUGAAGGGCUCUGUGGAAGGAUUUCUUUGCAUUGGAUGAGAUGAUGGGUUAUAUUUGGGAACUCAUAAAAAAAAAAAAAGGUCAGAAAAAAAAUUUCUAUGGACUAUUUCAUGGCUGAUACCAUGUUUUUUUCAAUUUCUCUUCUGCUAUGUUGAUUAUCAUGUUCUAGUU